AUGUGGCUUAGGGACGUCGUUUAUCACAUAAAUAAUGUGCAGAAUGGCAUUUUUCUUCUUUUUUUUUUAAACGUCGGUCACCGUAAUGUACGUAGUUGUUUUUUUCUUUUUUUAUACACGUCUGGAUUUCUCUCACUUUCUUUCAAUCUCUCUCCUCUCUCUCCCCUCCUCUCUCUCUCUCUCGCUCGCUCACUCUCUCAAUAUAAUUCCCUACUAAAUACUAAAUCUAUCUAUCUAUCUAUCUAUCUAUCUAUCUAUCUAUCUAUCUUCGAGAGUUCAUUCAUGUCCAUCUAUCUAUCUAUGACAGCCUAUUCAUAUCUAUCUAUCUAUCUAUCUAUCUAUCUAUCUAUCUAUCUUCGACAGUUCAUUCAUAUCUAUCUAUCUAUCGAUCUCAUUCUAUUCGUAUUUACAUACCCAUCUAUCUCAAUCUCUUCGUAUCUAUCUAUCUAUCUAUCUAUCUAUCUAUCUAUCUAUCUAUCUAUCUUUAUAUCCCUCGACAAUGGAAUCGCUGAGCUGCGAACGUUGCCUCUCUUUGACGAAACGCUGCUCACUUUCAACUGA